GUCGCACAGCGUUGUAUAUAAAUAGUAUUCUUAUAUUUAACUUAAUACAACCCUGCAGUCUUUACGUGUCAUCUGCUGCAGUAUUUUUUAUUGUAGUAAAACAAUAACCAGUGAUAAUGGUAGAUGAAUGCACCAAAAAAACCUUAAGCAGUUUACCUUUACUGCAAACUCGUGCCAGUCCCAGAGACAAAGACAUCUGGGUGCAACGUCUAAAGGAGGAAUACCAAGCUUUAAUUAAGUAUGUGCAAAAUAAUAAAGAAUCGGGCACCGAUUGGUUUCGUUUAGAAUCUAACAAGGAGGGCACUAAAUGGUUUGGCAAAUGCUGGUAUAUGCAUAAUUUAUUGAAAUAUGAAUUCGAUGUGGAAUUUGAUAUACCAGUUACCUAUCCCACAACGGCUCCUGAAAUAGCUCUUCCUGAAUUGGAUGGUAAAACAGCGAAAAUGUAUCGUGGUGGCAAAAUUUGCCUCACCGAUCAUUUCAAACCUUUAUGGGCCAGAAAUGUGCCCAAAUUUGGUAUUGCUCAUGCGAUGGCUUUGGGGCCUUCAACCCAUCACAAAGAUCAUGCCAUACCACACUACAUGUCUGCUGCUACUGCCGCCGCUGACUGUCCCUCUAUCCUUCAGGCUAAGCCAACAUACCUACAACUUUCUCUAUUACAUCCUAAAGCCUCUCCUGCCCUCAAUCAAUUAUUUAGCUCUCACGCCACCUUAUAUGUCUGCUCUAUGCCACCUUAUAUGUCUGCCAAUUCCAAGGCUGCCGCCUAUAUAUAUCGUGUGUCUUUUCUCCUUCUGCCUAUGCCAACACACCUAUAA